CACCGAACCGAUGCAACACGUCAAGGGCACCGGUUUUGUUGCGAGACGGAGGAAGAGAAAGGAGUAGCACAGAAGACAUCGAGCGUCUCUUGAAGAAUGGAUUUCUGGUGGUGUGGGGAGAAGCCGAUGCUUGCUGGGAAUGCAGACUUAGCAACGGACGGUGCAGUCAUGACGAUGCAUCGGCGUCAUUCGUGUGUAUCUGCCCGGACGGACGGCACAGUCCCAGGAAUUGCAGAAAGGGCCAUUUCGCAAAGAGUAUUGCAAUAGGUAAGAAACUCUCAUGGGUUUUCAUCCUUCUUUCGCCAUGCAUUCAUGCAUCGUUUGCUCUCCUCCACGUUCCAGGUUCGAUGGCAGGAGUCGUGGGUCUCCUGCUGGCCUUCGCUGCAAUAUUCAUCUACGUGCGGAAAAGGCCCAACCCCUGGCUCAGAUCAAGAAACACACGCGAGGGACACGGACAUGAUUUCCUGGAGAAGUACGAAUCCCGGGUCCCCCAGAGAUACAAGUAUCGGUAUCUAAAGAAGAUAACCAAAUCCUUUGGUGAGAAGCUCGUGCAAGGUGGAUUCGGAAGCGUGUUCAAAGGUCAACUUGAAGACAGUCGUCUGGUUGCUGUCAAGAUCUUGAGCAGAUCCAAGGAAGACGGGGAGGAGUUCAUCAACGAAGUCGCCAGCAUCGGCAGGACCGCCCACGUCAACGUCGUCACUCUUCUGGGAUUCUGCCAAGAAGGUAAGAGAAGAGCGCUGGUCUACGAGUACAUGCCCAAUGGCUCCCUGGAGAGGUACAUCUACUCCGAUCCGCCCGAGACAUCGCUUCCUUGGGACAAACUGUACCAGAUAACAAUCGGCAUCGCCCGAGGGCUCGAGUAUCUGCAUCAAGGCUGCAACACCCGCAUCGUGCACUUCGACAUCAAGCCUCACAACAUCCUCCUCGAUGAGGAUUUCUGCCCCAAGAUAGCAGACUUCGGGUUGGCGAAACUGUGCCCUAGGAAGGAAAGCAUACUCUCCAUGGUGGAGGCAAGAGGAACGAUAGGGUACAUGGCGCCGGAAGUGUUCUCCAGGAGCUUUGGAGCGGUUUCGACCAAAUCUGAUGUCUACAGCUACGGAACGAUGGUGUUGGAAAUGGUGAGAGGAAGAAAGAACAUAAAAGCACGUGCAGAUGAUAGGACGAGCGACGCAUGCUUCCCCCACUCGAUUUACCAGUAUCUGGAUGGAGGUGAAGAUGACCUGCGAGUUGGUGAUGUGACGGCGGAAACGGAGGAGAUCCCGAGGAAGAUGAUGUUGGUCGGGUUGUGGUGCAUACAAACCGCGCCGCCGAAUCGGCCUUCCAUGAGCAGAGUCGUUGAGAUGUUGGAAGGAAGCGGGAAAGCAUUUAGUAGCGUAACAGGACAUCAACUUGCACGGCUUGUGUUGAGUGCUAUCAUCAAUCGCGGCAAAAGCCAUGGCGGUGGUGGUUUUCCCUCCAUCUCCUGUUGGGGGCACAGCAGCGUUUCCCACUAG